AUGGCGUACAGGGAUGGUUAUUUUACAGUUACCAAAUACGUCAUGACAGUCUCUUGUUUUUGUCUUUUCGUCCUCCAGAACGUUCCUCAGCUGCCCUGUGGAAAAGCGCUUUACAGCUACGAGGGUAAAGAAGCAGGUGACCUGAAGUUCAGCAAAGGUGACAUCAUCAUCCUGCGGCGGAAGGUGGAUGAGAACUGGUUCCACGGCGAGCUGAACGGCAGCCACGGCUUCCUUCCGGCGAGCUACAUCCAGUGCAUCCGACCGCUGUCCCAGACGCCGCCGCAGGGGAAAGCGCUCUACGACUUCGAAGUCAAAGACAAAGACCAGGACAAAGACUGUCUGACCUUCACUAAGGAUGAGAUUCUCACCGUCAUACGAAGAGUGGACGAUAACUGGGCAGAAGGCAUGCUGGGAGAUAAGAUCGGGAUUUUUCCUAUCUUAUACGUGGAGCUGAAUGAAUCGGCGAAGCAGCUGAUGGAGAUGGACAAACCGUCCGCGGCCCCGGGUCCGAGCGCAGAGCCCGCGUCUCCCGCAGCUGUCAGCUGUAACGGGAACGCCGUGCACAGACACGCCGAGGGGAAGAAGAACGCCAAGAAGCGCCACUCGUUCACGGGGCUAAGCGUGACGCAGCGCUCGGCGCAGGUGCUGGGAAACAACCGGCACUCGAUGGAGAUCAGCGCACCGGUGCUCAUCAGCUCCUCGGACCCCCGCGCCGCCGCUCGCAUCGCAGACUGCCCUCACCUGUCCUCCAGCGCACCUGCCACACAGGACUCUUCAGUCGCAGCAAAUGCAGCAGCUUCAGUUCCGCCGCGUGUCACGUCAACAACCGGAGAGCUGCUCGCUGCGGCUAAAGUCCAGCUGCCUCUCAACAUAUAUCUGGCCAUGUACGCUUAUAAACCGCAGAAGGCGGAUGAGCUGGAGCUGCGGAAGGGCGAGAUGUACCGCGUGAUGGAGAAGUGUCAGGACGGCUGGUUCAAAGGCACAUCGCUGCGCUCCGGAGCGUCUGGAGUUUUCCCAGGAAACUACGUCACACCCGUCUCCAGGGCUCCGUUCGCCGUCGGUCAGACGCGCUCGUGUCUCUCUGGAGCGGCUCCUGGAUCUCCGGGCUCCGCCGGUCCGUCCAGUCCGGUCCUGAUGGCGUCUGCGUCUGCGUCCCGCUCCAGCACGCCCCUCAGCAGCCCGUCGUCUCCGCAGCUGCACCUGAAGAACUGCCUGCGCUUGUCCAGCCAGCAGACGGUCAACCAGGCGCGCUCCGCCAUGCAGCUGCUGCACAGUCCUCCGGUGAGCAGCAGCCCUGAGCGUCCGACUGCAUCUGUGACGCCACUGCGACCGCAGGCCAGUCCGUCCCGCUCCCCCUCGCGGCCCCUGUCCAUGACAGCGGCCCCUCAGCCUCACGCCGCCUCCGGACGGCCCCUGAGGCCCCUGAGCUCCGCCGCCAUCACGCCUCCCAACGCCAGCGCCGCGCACCUGAACACAGCAGACCUGCACAGACUCGAGGACAAGAAGCUGGAGAAGAAAGAGAAGAAGAGCAGCGGUCUCCUCAAGCUUCUCUCCGGAGCCGCAGCUAAGAAGAAGUCCCGGUCUCCGCCGUCCGUCUCUCCGACCCACGAGUCCUCCUCGUCCUGCUCGGUGCAGGGGGCCAUGGCCCCGGAGCUGCGGUCAGCCGGGGGUCACGGACGAGCCGGGUCCUGCCCCAUCGAGAGCGAGAUGCAGGGAGCCAUGAGCAUGGAGCCGCUGCAGAGGAAGAGCGGCUCGCUGGACCUCAGCUUCUCUGUGUCUCCGCCGGCGAGACAGCCGUGUUCCUCCUCACCGCUGGCCGUCCGACCCGAACCCAAGCCUUUAUCUCGAGAGAGGUACCGUGUGCUCGUCCCGUACCCGCCGCAGAGCGAAGCCGAGAUCGAGCUGAAGGAGGGAGACAUCGUCUUCGUGCACAAGAAGCGUGAAGACGGCUGGUAUAAAGGGACGCUUCAGCGCACCGGCCGGACGGGCCUCUUCCCCGGCAGCUUCGUGGAGAGCUUCUAGAAGAGCAACACCAGCCAACAAGCUCCUGAGACCUGGAGGACGUCCAGAAGAAUCUCCCCGGGUCUCCCGAUGAAGACGAGCACAAACACGAGCAUCUUUACUGCCAUCAGAUCCUGACAGAAGCUCAGAGACCUUGGGAAAUGAUUCCUGCAGCUGCUCCUGUGUGAGAUCUCCCGUUCCUUCAGUACUUUAAUCUGAACGAUGACGACACAACGAGGAUGUGAUUUAUAGCACAUGAUAAGAUGUGAAUGUAGGAGUGAUGCAUCUCACAAAACCUGGCAGGAGUCAUAUCUCACACCAAAAUCAAGAGAAGAAAAUAAACUAAAAUAUAAAAUAAAUAAGCCUAAUCUGUAGGACCAAUAGGAAUUUUUUUUUUUUUUUUUUUUACAUCAUUUUGGAUCAUUUUCCCACUAGAUUUUCAUUAUUAUAAUGCAAAAAUAAUAAUAAUUAAAAUAUAUAUCAUUUAAAUCAUAAAAUAUUAAUACAUCAUGUAAGUAUUAGUGUAGUCAUGGCUUUAUGCUCAUUCAAAUAAAAAUCAUGCAAUACAAGAAAUAUGUUAAAUGUGUUAAAUUUGAUUAAUUGUGAAAAUAA